GGUCGGAACAGUAGCAAAGGACUGCCUCAGUCCACGAUAUGCAGAGAAGAUAGUCAAGAAUCUUCUACGAUGGUGCCUCUCAUCCCACCCCAUUUGUUUAUUAAGAUUUCUUUUGAUGGAAUCUAUGGAAAUAUGAGGAUGGUUCACGUACUUACAUCAGUUGUUGGAUCCAAAUGUGAACUACAAGUGAAAAAUGGAGGUAUAUAUGAAGGAGUUUUUAAAACAUACAGUCCUAAGUGUGAUUUGGUACUUGAUGCUGCACAUGAGAAAAGUACCGAAUCCAAUUCAGGGCCAAAACGUGAGGAGAUAAUAGAGAGCAUUUUGUUCAAGUGCUCUGACUUUGUUAUGGUACAGUUUAAGGACAUGGACUCCAGUUAUGCAAGAAGAGUUCCUUCAGAAACAGAUGCUUUUACUGAUUCCGCUAUCAGUGCUAAAGUGAAUGGUGAACACAAAGAGAAGGACCUGGAACCUUGGGAUGCAGGUGAACUAACUCCCAGUGAGGAGAUGGAGGCUUUGGAAAAUGAUGUAUCUAAUGGCUGGGACCCCAAUGAUAUGUUUCGAUAUAAUGAAGAAAAUUAUGGAGUAGUAUCUACAUAUGAUAGCAGUUUAUCUUCAUAUACGGUGCCCUUAGAAAGGGAUAACUCAGAAGAAUUUUUAAAACGGGAAGCAAGAGCAAAUCAGUUAGCAGAAGAAAUUGAAUCAAGUGCCCAGUACAAAGCCCGAGUGGCCCUGGAAAAUGACGAUAGAAGUGAAGAAGAAAAAUACACAGCAGUUCAGAGAAAUUCCAGUGACCGUGAGGGCCACAGCAUAAACACUAGGGAAAAUAAGUAUAUUCCUCCUGGACAAAGAAAUAGAGAAGUCCUUUCCUGGGGAAGUGGGAGGCAGAGUUCACCACGUCUGGGCCAGCCUGGGUCGGGCUCCAUACCAUCAAGAUCCACGUCUCACACUUCAGAUUUCAACCCGAAUUCUGGUUCGGACCAAAGAGUAGUUAAUGGAGUUUUUAUACUUUCCUUCAUAUCAUUUGUUCUGUCAGGUGUUCCCUGGCCAUCGCCUUGCCCAUCUCCUUCCUCUCGCCCACCUUCUCGCUACCAGUCAGGUCCCAACUCUCUUCCACCUCGGGCAGCCACCCCUACACGGCCGCCCUCCAGGCCCCCCUCGCGGCCAUCCAGACCCCCGUCUCACCCCUCUGCUCAUGGUUCUCCAGCUCCUGUCUCUACUAUGCCUAAACGCAUGUCUUCAGAAGGGCCUCCUAGGAUGUCCCCAAAGGCCCAGCGACAUCCUCGAAAUCACAGAGUUUCUGCUGGGAGGGGUUCCUUGUCUAGUGGCCUAGAAUUUGUACCUCAUGCGCCUCCAGGUGAAGCAGCUGCUCCUCCAGCAAGGACCAGCCCCGCAGGAGGCACAUGGUCAUCAGUGGUCAGUGGGGUUCCACGAUUAUCCCCUAAAACUCACAGACCCAGGUCACCCAGACAGAGCAGUAUUGGAAACUCCCCCAGUGGGCCAAUCCUUGGCUCUCCCCAAGCUGGUAUCAUUCCAGCUGAAGCUGUGGCUAUGCCUGUGCCAGCUGCCUCUCCCACACCUGCCAGUCCUGCGUCCAACAGAGCUGUCACCCCUUCUACUGAGGCUAAGGAUUCCAGGCUACAUGAUCAGAGACAGAAUUCACCUGCUGGGAAUAAAGAAAAUAUGAAGUCCAGUGAACCAGCUCCUAACUUAUCAAAAGCUGAAAAUAAAGGUAUUUCGCCAAUUGUUUCUGAACAUAGAAAACAAAUUGAUGAUCUAAAGAAAUUCAAGAAUGAUUUUAGGUUACAGCCAAGUUCUGCUUCUGACUCUAUGGAUCAAUUACUAAACAAAAGUAGAGAAGGAGAAAAAUCAAGAGAUAUGAUUAAAGACAAAAUGGAACUCAGUUCUAAGGAUUCUUUCAUUGAAAAUAGCAGCAACUGCACGAGUGGCGGCAGCAAGCCAGACAGCCCCCGGGUUUCCCCUUCCAUCCUCAGCAGCACAGAGCACAAAAGAGGACCGGAAGUCACGUCUCAAGGAGUUCAGACUUCCAGUCCAGGAUGUAAGCAAGAGAAAGAUGAUAAAGAGGAAAAGAAAGAUGCAGCUGAACAAGUGAGGAAGUCAACAUUGAAUCCCAAUGCAAAAGAGUUCAACCCUCGUUCCUUUUCUCAGCCAAAGCCUUCUACUACCCCAACUUCACCUCGGCCUCAAGCACAACCUAGCCCAUCCAUGGUGGGCCAUCAGCAGCCAACUCCAGUUUAUACUCAGCCUGUUUGUUUUGCACCAAAUAUGAUGUAUCCAGUCCCAGUGAGCCCAGGUGUACAACCUUUGUACCCUAUACCUAUGACACCCAUGCCAGUGAAUCAAGCCAAGACUUAUAGAGCAGGUAAAGUACCAAAUAUGCCCCAACAGCGGCAAGACCAGCAUCAUCAGAGCACCAUGAUGCAUCCAGCCUCAGCGGCAGGCCCACCCAUUGUGGCCACCCCACCAGCUUAUUCCACACAAUAUGUUGCCUAUAGUCCUCAGCAGUUUCCAAAUCAGCCUCUUGUUCAGCAUGUGCCACAUUACCAGUCUCAGCAUCCUCAUGUCUAUAGUCCUGUCAUACAGGGGAAUGCUAGAAUGAUGGCACCACCAACACAUGCCCAGCCUGGUUUAGUAUCUUCUUCUGCAACUCAGUACGGGGCUCAUGAGCAGACGCAUGCAAUGUAUGCAUGUCCCAAAUUACCCUACAACAAGGAGACAAGCCCUUCUUUCUACUUUGCCAUCUCCACGGGCUCCCUUGCUCAGCAGUAUGCUCACCCUAACGCAACUCUGCACCCACACCCUCCACACCCUCAGCCUUCAGCGACCCCCACUGGACAGCAGCCGAACCAGCACAGUGGAAGUCAUCCCGCACCCAGCCCUGUUCAGCACCAUCAGCACCAGGCUGCCCAGGCUCUGCACCUGGCCAGCCCGCAGCAGCAGUCAGCCAUCUACCACGCGGGACUCGCACCCACACCUCCUGCCAUGACACCGGCCUCCAACACGCAGUCGCCACAGAGUAGCUUCCCAGCAGCACAACAGACCGUCUUUACGAUCCACCCUUCUCAUGUCCAGCCUGCGUAUACCAACCCGCCCCACAUGGCCCAUGUACCUCAGGCUCAUGUACAGUCAGGAAUGGUUCCUUCUCAUCCAACUGCCCAUGCGCCAAUGAUGCUAAUGACGACACAGCCACCCGGCGGUCCCCAGGCCGCCCUCGCUCAAAGUGCACUACAGCCCAUUCCAGUCUCGACAACAGCGCAUUUUCCCUAUAUGACGCACCCUUCAGUACAAGCCCACCACCAACAGCAGUUGUAAGGCUGCCCUGGAGGAACCGAAAGGCCAAAUUCCCUCCUCCCUUCUUCUGCUUCUACCAACUGGAAGCACAGAAAACUAGAAUUUCACUUAUUUUGUUUUUUAAAACAAUAUGAUUUCUUGUAACAUCCAAUAGGAAUGCUAACAGUUCACUUGCAGUGGAAGACAUUUGACCGAGUGGAGGCAUUUAGGAACUUGUGGGGUGUUCCAUAAUUCCAUGUGCUAUUUCAGAGUCCCGCAAGUACCCCGCUCUGCUUGCCGAAACUGGAAGUUAUUUAUUUUUUAAUCCCUUGAAAAAGUCAUGAACAUGUCAGCUAGCAAAAGAAUGACAAGAGUGAUUCUUGCUGCUAUUACCGCUAAGAAAAAAAAAAAUCAAGACUUGGAACACCCUUUUACUAAACUUGACAAAGGUUCAGUAAAUUCUUCCCGUCAAAGAACUGACGGUUUAUUAUUUAUAAAUCAAGUUUGAGGUGAUCACUGUCUACAGUGGUUCAACUUUUAAGUUAAGGGAAAAACUUUUACUUUGUAGAUAAUAUAAAAUAAAAACUUAAAAAAAAUUAAAAAAUAAAAAAAGUUUUAAAAACUGA